AUGGCUGAUGAACUAGUGCGGAACUUUGCCUCCAUCUGGCAGAAGACUCGUCAUGCCCUUCUUUAUGCCACGACCCGUCUGAAGUCGCAAGUGGACAAGAAAACAUGCCCUCCUCCCGAAUUCUCUCCUGGGGACAAAGUGUGGUUAUCAUCCAAAUAUAUCCACUUUAAGGAUCCUCAAAGUACAGAAGAGACGGCUGAUCCUACAGAAGGUGACACCAUGGUCCUGUACCUGGAUGUCCUGUUCCCGGAACUGAUCGCUCUUAUACCCGGACUGGUGAUCCACUCAUUUAUUAUAGUCAUCAAUGUCACUGACUGGUUGAAUGGAAGAUCGGUGACUCCUGUUGACUGGGUUGUAACUUUUCUUGGGAUUUCAAGGAUGUGCACUCAAUGUGCUGUUAUUAUGUAUAUGCUGUUAAGUAGUCUCUUCCUAACAAAAUUACAUGCAAUUCAAUGUAUUUUAGAUGUACUUUAUAUUUUCUUUGCUUAUACCAAUAUUUGGUUAACAAGUCUUCUGUCCAUUGUCUUCUGUCUGAAGAUCUCCAACCUCCGCACCAGACUGUUCCUGUAUCUGAGGAGGAUGAUAGAUCAGAGGACUGUGCAUUUCAUUGUAGGAUCAGUACCUCUUUCCUUUCUCAAUUGUUUGUAUCCUUUGUUAGUGGCCAUCACUGAGAUGAAGAAACAUGAAACAUUCAAUACAACCAUGGACAAUUUAUUAACAGAUUGCUUCUAUAUUGAUAUAUUCUACAGCCAUAUUAUAGGAUCCAUCAUCCCAAUACUUUUCUGUUCCAUCUCCUCCGUCCUCCUCUUCACCUCGUUGUAUCGUCACAUAACAAAGAUGAAGAUGAUCGGGAACGUAUCCAUCAAUCUGGAGACAUAUUACUCAGCCAUGACAUUUGUGUUUUUCACCUUUCUAUACAACUCUUCAUAUUUCACUCUCCAUUUUGUUUCAUCCUAUUUUUAUUUAAUACAUUGUAUGACACUUCCAUGGCUUUAUAUUGCCUUAGAUUUUCUACCAGUUCUACAUUCUUCCUACCUGAUCUACAGAAUCUCCAAACUGAGGAGUCACAUGUCCAAGGUUCUUCAGAACGUCAUUGAUUUAUUUUUCCAAAGGAGAGAUCCAGAAUAUAGAGAGGACAUAGAAAUGGUGGCUUAA